GUAAAGUAGCGACAAGUUAUAUAAGGACAAUUUGCAGAUGAAAUUGAUAACAUGCAUUGAUAAUAUCACUUGAAAAUAACCGCUCAUAAACGAAUUUCAUAUUAGAUCGAAAAUAUAAGUUGUUUUCCUUCUUUUGUUCAAAGAUUACCAUCAUAAUGAUUCAUAAUGCUAAUCGUAUUUCACUGAAUUUGCUAAGAGAUUUAGCAUAUGUAAAUGGAAAAUGGAUAAGUGCAAUAAGCAAAAAUACAUUCCCCAUUUAUAAUCCGGUUGAUAAAUCUGUUAUUAAUAAUGUUCCUGAUAUGAAUGUUGAGGAUACUCGAGUAGCAAUCAAUGCAGCAUCUGCAGCUUUUAAAACAUUCAGUAAAACAACUGCAAAAGAAAGAAGUGAUUUACUUAGAAAUUGGUAUAAUCUAAUGGUGAAACAUGCUGAUGAUUUGGCACAAAUUUUGACUAAAGAAAAUGGAAAGUCUCUUAAUGAAUCUAAAGCAGAAAUUAAAUAUGGAAAUUCAUUUGUGGAAUGGUUUUCAGAAGAAUGUAGACGAAUUACUGGAGAAGAAUUGCAACCACCAGUACCUACUAGAGAACUUUUUUUGUUAAAGCAACCAGUUGGAGUAGCUGCUUUGAUCACACCAUGGAAUUUUCCACACGCUAUGAUCACCCGUAAAGCAGCUGCUGCUCUUGCUGCUGGAUGUACAUGUGUAAUUAAACCAUCCGAAGAUACACCACUUACUGCUUUAGCAUUAGCUGAUCUUGCUGAAAAAGCAGGUAUUCCUGAUGGAACUUUAAAUGUACUUACAACAAGCCUACAGAAUUCUGUUGCUGUUGGUAAAGAAUUAUGUGAGAAUCCAAAAGUAAGAGUUUUAUCAUUCACUGGUUCAACAGCUGUAGGAAAACUAUUGUAUCAACAGUGUGCUUCAACUAUGAAACGACUUAGCCUUGAAUUAGGAGGUAAUGCACCAUUUAUUAUUUUUGAUACUGCUAAUUUGGAUGUAGCUGUAUCAGGUGCUAUGGCAAGUAAAUUUCGUAAUGCCGGCCAGACAUGUGUUUCUGCAAACAGAUUUUUUGUACAAGCUAGUCAAUUUGAUAAAUUUAUUGAAAUGUUUCUAUCAAAAAUUGAAAGUGACAUUAAAAUGGGUGAUGGUAGUAAAAAAGAAGUUACACAUGGUCCUCUCAUUAAAGAGAGCCAAUUGAAUAUGGUACACAGACUAGUUACUGAUGCAGUGCAAAAGGGAGCAAAAGUACAUUGUGGUGGUAAGCCACUACCUGAAUUAGGACCAUUGUUCUAUGCCCCUACACUUAUAACAAAUGUAUCUAACGAUAUGGAAAUAUAUAACAAAGAAAUUUUCGGACCAGUAGCUGUCAUUAAUAAAUUUGAAACUGAAGAGGAAGUUAUACAAAAAGCUAAUGAUACACCUGUUGGUUUAGCAGGUUACUUUUAUUCACAAGAUAUAUCACAAAUAUUUCGAGUAGCAAGAAAAUUAGAAGUUGGAAUGGUUGGUGUGAAUGAAGGAUUAAUUUCUUGUGCUGAAGCUGCUUUUGGAGGAGUAAAAGAAUCAGGUUUAGGAAGAGAAGGUUCUAAACAUGGUGUUGAUGAUUUCCUUGAUUUGAAAUAUGUAUGUAUUGGAAAUAUUAAUCGUUAAUAUAUUUUGUUACUCCUUUUAAUACUCUAGAGCCAAUAUAUCGGGUUUUCGUAUAAAUAUAGUAUUAAGUAAUUUUUUUUUUAAUUUGUCUUUAUUUUUGCUAAGUAAUUUUUGGUAAUCAGGAAUAAUUAAGUAAUAAUAGUAUAUUGUUUUAGCACAAUGUACUGUUUGUGAAACUGAAUGUCUUCCAUAGUUUAUAAGCUAUAAUAAUGUUACAAAUAAUAUAGUAUAAUUAUUUAUGCAUUCUUCUUUCUAUUUUUCUUAUACAUUUUUAUUAAUUUUUGUGUAAAGCACAUAUAUAAACAAGCUUUAUUUUACUUACAUAAUUAAUAUCAAUAACAGUUAAACAUAUAUGAAAUAAAAACAUGUCUUCCAGAAAUUGCUGAUAAUAAUAGUAUUAUAAUAUGUGUAUAUAAAAGGGUAGGUAAUUAUAAAAUGUAUUAUUAUAUUUUAGAAAUAAAAUUAUAUUCACAUUAUGUAAUAGUAAAUACACAUAUGACAAAAACAAUAUAUAGUUGUUUUUAAUAAAGAUACAAUAACCAGAACAUAACUGCAAUAAGAAUGUCAGCAAUUUUUAAGUCCAUGUUUCUGAAUAUACCUUUCUCUAGCUUCUCUGAUCAUUUUAGCUUUUCUUUCCUGGAAGGAAGAAGAUCCUACAUUACUGUUAUCCUUAACUGUACUUAUUUGUAAUUGAUUCAAUGAUACUGAUGGUGUAGCUGUUGCUUGAGUUGAAUCUGGAGUAUAAGUAACUAUGCCAUCUAGUAUAUUGGCAAUUGUAAUAUCAACAUUACGUGUUUUUACUGUAAAAGUAAUAAGUUAAUAUUUUUAGAUUUAAAAACGAUUAACACGAUAUGUUAAUAAUUACAAUUAAAAUAAUUAUUUGUUUACAUACAAAGGUCUCUAAGAAUCACAUUAUGAGGGACCAAUGGAAGCACUUCACUGACUUGCUGUACCAUUCUCUGUAUCUCAAUACUAUGUAUGAUUUGUGAAUUUGGAGAACUUCUAUUAAGCCUUCUAUUUUGUGUUUUUUCUAUAAUGCAGCGUUUUUCAAAUUCUGCUUUAUCUGAUACGGUAUGAGAACUUGUCUUAAGUCCAAGACUAGUUGCUAUAUCUUUUUCUAUUUCCCUUACUAGUACUUCAGGAUCUGCAUUUUGUUUGAUUUUCAGGUACUUAAUUGUGAAGACUGUAUAAGGAACAAACAUAAACCAAAAGACAUCAGUCCACCAUGUCGAUGCCAAUGAAGAAAAACGAAUAGAUGUAAAUUCUGGCCUCCAUGCUUUGAUUGCAACUGGUUGAACAGAUGUUUCUAUGGUAAAUGGCCAAGAAUUGAAUUUUAGCAACGCAACACGACUAUUGGUUGUACCAAAUUCAGGUUGCAAUGCAAUGUUGCACUUUGAUGUUGAAAGAAACUGUUUUAUAUUGGCAAUUAAAGUUUCUUUAUUAGUCAUAUCCAUCAUUUGUAGACCCAGUGUCUUGCUAAGCAUUGGUGGUAAUUCCCAUACACUGGGACUUAGCGCUUGCGUAGCUUUGUAUAGUACAAAGUGAUCCAAGACAGAGACAUUAUUAGCAAUUAUAAUUCUCGAUUGCUUGUUUUUAACUUCACCUUCAGGAAUCUUCACCACAAUUCCAAAUGCAAAACUAAAUCCAUGACUUAAAAAAUUUCUUAGAUUAUUACAGUCAGGUAAUAGAGUUGCAAGGAGCCAAAGUUGUAAAGCAGUUAAUAAUCUUAGUAAUACAAGUAAAAGACCCACUGGGGUAUACAAAAAUAUAGUCACAAGAUGCCAACCACUGGGAAACCUAAAUAAUGUAUUUUAUUUAAAUAUUAUAAUGUUUAAAUUGCUAUUAAUUAAAUUACUAGUAAGAUGAGAAUAA